AUGUCACUGAGAGCGGAGGCCUCUGCAGGCUUCUGCAAAGGAUUCUGGAGGGCGUCGCACUGUUUCAGAGCGAUUUCCAAGAACAACGGAGAUUUCUUCGACAUUAUGUCACCCACUAGUCACCCGGUCACCCGGUCACCCGGUCACCCGUUCACCCGUUCACCCGGUUACCGAGGCUGCGGCGAGUUCACUCCGCGUGCCUUUGCCCUAGUGCCUUACCGCACACCUGCACGUCUGACCAGGGACCUGUCCGUGUAUCUGGAGAGCCAAGUCCGAGUCGGGCUGCUCGGGUCCGGGGUCGGGCUGUCGCUCGUGCUGGGCUUCAGCGCCGCCUACGCCUGCUAUUACUGGACCUCCGUGGCCAAGAAGCCACAGCUGAUAGCAGGAGGGAAGAAGUUCUGUGAGUUCCUGAAGGACCAUUGUCCUGUGGUGUCGGAGACCUACUACCCCACGUUCUGGUGCUGGGAGGGCCGUGUGCAGACCCUGCUCAGGCCAUUCGUCACCUCCAAACCCUGCGUCUGUUACAGGAAUGAGCUCAUCAAAGCACCAGAUGGAGGUCAGAUCUCUUUGGAUUGGUUUGAUAACGAUACCAGCACCUCCCACCCAGACCCCUCCGCACGCCCCACUGUGCUGCUCCUGCCGGGUUUGACCGGAACCAGCCGCGAGUCUUACAUCCUGCACAUGGUCCAGCAGAGCCGAGAGCUUGGCUACAGAUGUGUGGUCUUCAACAACAGAGGUGUGUCUGGUGAGAAGCUGCUGACUCCAAGGACGUACUGUGCAGCUAACACUGAGGACCUGGAGACAGUGAUUGAGCAUGUGCACAACACCCACCCUGUUGCCCCCAUCAUGGCUGCAGGGGUCUCCAUGGGAGGUAUGAUGCUGGCAAACUACCUGGGCCGGAAGGGGUACGAGACCUGCUUGAAAGGCGUGGUGGUGUUCUCGGCUGGCUGGGACGUGUUUGAGUGCACCGCCUCCCUGGAGAAACCCCUUGACCGCUUCCUCUUCAACUCCUACCUCACCAGCUGUCUGCAGGCCUCCGUCCACAGACAUCGGCCUGUUCUAGAGAAGAACUAUGACAUAGACCAUGUGAUGAAGGCCAAGACCAUCCGACAGUUCGACGAACGUUUCACAUCAAUUAUGUUCGGCUACCCGACCAACGAUGACUAUUACCGUGACGCCAGCCCCAUACACAAGCUGAAGUCUGUACAGGUGCCCAUGCUGUGUCUCAACGCAGCCGAUGACGUCUUCUCGCCCAAUCACGCUAUACCUGUGGAGGCAGUGAAGCAGAACCCCAACCUGGCCCUCCUCAUCACCUGCCACGGUGGCCAUAUUGGAUUUCUGGAGGGGGUGUGGCCUCGUCAGAGUACCUACAUGGAUCGAGUGUUCCGGCAGUUUGCCAGAGCCGUCAUCGAGCAGGGCAGCAGGCUGACAGACCUGCAGUGAUGCUUCGUUCUCCACAGCACCCCUACAGCUACGAGCAAAAAACUACAACCCUACAACCAACCCCGCGUCUCCCAAACGAUAUCCCAGAAUGCCACGGCAUGCGUUUGUUCAUACAUGUGUGUUUAUAUCACCCAACCAUCCACAUUUUCUAUCCGCCAGCUUCAUCAAUUGAUUUGAUUGGCUGCGGUCUAUCCGUCCACACUCAUCUACAAAUCCAUUCCUACAAACACUUGUUCAUUUAUUAGUUUAUAGUUAUGAGUGUGUGUGUGUGUCAUUCAUGAUUUGAGUUUAGUGAAAGCAUUGUGCAUUCUGAAUAUACUGUAUGUUUGUAAGUAAACUAUUCCAUGGAGAUUUUGAGAUGAAAUUUAGACUGAAACAUUGCAGAGUUGUGCCACAGUGACUCCAGAUAUGUAAACACACUCCUUUUAAAUACCUCCCUCAAAUUCAGACUUCAGCAUUUUAUAAGAGUAUUGGAUGAGGAGAACCCACAGCUUUGUGUUUAACAUAUUGACCUUGAUGACUGAAAUCAGAUCAUGUGAUGUCUCAGAAUUCUGGCUGCGUUUUCUUCUAGAAAGUGUUCCAACCCUCUUUUAGUUGGACAUUAUUGUAGCUAUUAUCUGAAUACUUUUUUUUCUGAAAAUGUCAAGUUCUAAAUUUGUGUGAAGGCCCUGUAGUGGGGCGCCCAGCGCUCACGGCUGUAGCAGGGUGCCCAUCGGGUGACCAACGCUCACGGCUGGCUGCAUGAAGGCUGUGAUCGAGGGCUCAGAGAGGAGAGCCGAGUCAUCGUGCUGCCUGCAGCUCUCCUGCCCACAUACACUGCUGCUCUCCGCUUCUGUCGUUCCCAGGACAUUCCAGCAGAACUGAGGAGCUUGGAGGAAUAUAGCUGGCAAAUUUCUUUCUUUUUUUAAACACUGCAGAGCAUGAAAAGAGUUCUAAAUCUAGAACUGGAAGAUGAUUCAGACACUAAUUCUGGAACAUAACGGAAGGACGCAUAGUGUGAAAGGUGCUCGGUACAUUGUGUAAACAGUAAAGUGAAGAGUGCAUUAGAGGUUAAGGGCAGGUGUGGAACUGGGAUUGUAUGAACACUGCCAGCAGACGCUGUGACAGGCCUGUGAAAUGCAUGUUCUGCACAAAUUACUAACCAGGUUAAUUUCUCGUAUGCGUAACUGAGGUGCUCCUGUGUCCAGGCUCACGGGGUGAUAGUGAGCUGAGAGUCACUCUAAGGUUUCAGGAAAGGCUGUGUCCCAUUUCACACCUUCUUACUGCAUCUCCUGUGACCUUCUCUGAUUCUUUUGUGUCUCUGGUCUCCUCUCCUUUCUGUUUGAUUUCUGUUUCUUCGUAGCGCUCAGGGACGCACGUUUUCAAUGUCGGCUCACAAUGUCAUUGCCUUUUUCUUUAGUCAGCACUUCCUGGCUUACAUGACAUGACCUUUUAAAAGAAGAAGAGUGAAAGGAUUGUAUCCAGCAGAUCUUAAAAACCUUCUGCAUGUACCUUCCCUGGCUUUCAUUCUAGCUGCACCAAGACUACCAUAAAAAUGUACAGUAGAUAAUAUUUUUUAAAAAAGGAAAAAUGUAAUGUGAUAUUGCACUAUAUUUGGUUAGUGUCUCUCGAGGAACACACAUGACGUUUCAGCACAUUUGACCAUGCCAGCUUCGUGACUCUGCAAAAAUAUCCCUCGAGGUGAAGACUGCCUCGUGAUCAGUGUCCCACCUGGGCAUAAACCAACCUUCGCUUUUCACUCCACGCAGUGUUUGCUUUAUUUAAGGGAAAGCAUUGCUUAUUUUCUACAGCCAGCGCGAUGUUGCCAGGAUAACAUAGCAGCACUUCUUAAAAGCAUUUUGCACAACCCGAGAUGCGGUUGCACUGGGAACGCUUUGCUUCGGUCUGUGCUGCGACGUUUCGUAUUAUUCUGUCCGUCUGCUGAGAUGAAAAGGCCUCUCAAUGAUAAGCGCGCGCACGCGCGCUCGAGGGACUGCGCCGCUCCCGCAGGUCCGUGCAGCGUUUCCGCUUCUAGGCUCAUUUAGUGCGUGUGGCACGUGUUACUGUCAGUCUCAAGAAGGCGCGCUAACGAGACGGACCCUUGUCCAUCAAGUGUUGUCUUUCCUUUUAAAAAUUUAUAAAACGACUCUUACAUAAUGUGUGCAGCAAUAAACUUUUAAUAAAAGAUUGUCCAUGUAGAUGUUUUAUGCACUUGUCUGGAUUAUAAGUGCAUUUACUGUCUUAAAUAAAUUAUGGAAUUAAA